GGGCGAUGCUAACGGCUGGUUUGCCCGUGACGGAGCUGCAGCGUCCUGGCGGUUGCUGGAGUGACGGGAGGAGGCGGUUAGAGCUCGAGCGGCGGUCAGGGGUCACCUGGGGGUUACGCGGGGGUCUCGAGCUCAGUGUAUAAAUGGAACCUAAAAUGGCUUUUGAUACUUGUGAAGCCAUUUCUUCAGAGGAGCUUCGGAGGAGACUUUAUCAAACAUUCAAAAACCGAGGUGUCUUAGAUUCUUUAAAGUCUCAGCUUCGAAAUCAGCUUGUUCAUGAAUUAACACAUCCUGGUUUAAAUGGACGCUUACCUGCAAAUGGUCAUCGUCAUCAGAAACCUUCUACGGAUGAGGAUUCUCUGAUGAUUAUGGCUGCAAAUAGCAUCGUGGUGGACCACUUGCGUAGGAUUGGAUACGAGUACUCGCUGUCAGUCUUUUACCCAGAAUCUGGCUUAGAAAAGGAAAAGAUAUUUACAACAAGAGAUCUCCUACAGAUUAUGAAAAUCAACCCCAGGUCCGACCUUUACAAAUCUAUUAUUUCAAAUCUUCAAAAGGAUCAUCAAAAAGGGUUUCUUAUUCAGUUUCUGAUGGAACUGACUGACUAUCAACUAACUCGGGAGUAUCACGAUGCACAAACUCAGACCAGCUGCGUUUCGGACUACAAGGAGUCUAUUGUUGAUAAACUUCAAAUGGUUGAUGAAGAAUAUGCAGCAUUUCAUCCAACAGAUUUGCAGGAUGACUUUUGGGAAACAAAACUGCUUGUAUAUCGCAAACAAAUAGAAGAACAGCUUCAGGCAGAGAUGCAGCAAGAGCUGCAGCAUUUUAAGGAUCUGGAAUUGGCUAAAGUUCGGAUUCAGGAGAAAGAGCAUUCACAGAAGAAUAUAGAAGAGCUCAGAUCAAAGCUAGAUAAAAUGUACCAGAUGAAGUCUGAAACAUUGACCACAAGAGAGAAAAAUGCUAUAGAGAGACUCCAGAAACAACAGGAGAUUGAGGAAAAGGAAAUCUACAUGCAGAGGCAGAGUUUAUUGAAAGACAUUGAAGCUGUGCGAAAUAGAGAGGUCGAACUUAGACAACGAAUUGAAGCUUUUGAACUGUCUCAGAAUUUGUAUGACCAAAAGAACAAGAGUUUAGAACAGGAUCUCCGGAGACGGGAGCUGGCAGUGAAAAAUAUCGAGGAGACUUAUGAGCAAAAGCUUAAGAAUGAACUGUGCAGGCUUCAGCUGGAACUACAGGAAGAGUAUCAGAAAAGAACUGAGAAAAUAAUGGUGAAUGAGAAAAGAAUUGAAGCAGAGGCAGCUCGAUUACAUGAAGAGUCUGUUAUCAUCCAUUCCGAAAGAGAGGAACUCCAAGAAGCCCGUGUUCAAGUUAAGAAGAUGGAGGUGGAACUGAAUGCAGCUACAGCCCAAGUUUGUUUGUUAAUGAAGCAGAAUGAAUUGCUGAAUGAAAAGUUAAAGGACGUAGCAGACUAUACAUCAUUAAAGACAGAAAACGUACAGUUUCAGACUGAGAUCAACAUGCUGAGGAAACAGCUAGAUGAGGCUCAUCAUGAAAAUCAGAAACUGUGUGAAAUGCUGAAUCAACCUACUACUGCUCAUUUAGCUCUUCAAGCUGAAUUGAAGAAAGCAGAAUAUUCCAGAAAGCUUGACCAGGAUGAAUAUCAAAACCAUAAACAGAUACUGGAGCAACAGCUACAGAAUGAGGUAGAGCGCUAUGCAAAGGUGAGAAGCCAACUCAUGGAAUAUGAGAAUCAAACCAGAAGACUGAAUGGGCAAGUUGAUGACUUGAAACUUCAGCUGCGACAAACACAAUUGGCUUUAGAGAAUGAAGUGUAUCGCAAACCAAAACCCUCUUUGUUUGACCGGACAACCAUCGACCUCACUGCUGACAGAAUUGUACCUCCAGAUAUUUAUGUAGAUGCUGGUUUACUUAGGAAUCGGGUAGCAUCUGAAGAUCGCCUUUUUUAUCCAGGCUCUGGUAUAUGUGCAAACUAUGGCAAGUACGCUGAAACACCAUGUUCCUCACCAGAUUCUGACCAGGAUUUUGUUGCAGGAGCCAAGGCUCGAAUAAGGGAACUGGAAAAAGAGUCUGAGAACCUAGAAGAAGCCUACAGAAACUACCAAAACAGAGUUAUUCAAACAGCUAUUCAAAAGAGUGCAGAAACUCGAGCUUUUCCUCCAUUGCCGAUUAACAAUAUUGUCAGUAAAAUUCCAUCCAGCCACCAGCACAGAGUAACGUUUGCAGACAGUGUCUUUGCUUCUCAACAGCUAGAGCUCACUACAAGAGGCCAAAUAUAUGAGGAAAGUCAUCAACAAACAACUAAAAUUGAAGAUCACCAAACUCCAUCUGUUUAUCAGUUUACGUCUCCAGGAUGCUGCUCUUCAACACUUGUCAAAUGUAAAUUUGAAUAUGACAAGUGCAGGAGAACUUCAGAAGGUGUUGAUGGCUCAUUUCUGGCUUCUGUUCCCGGUGUACCAGAACAUAAAACAUCAGUAACAAGCAAUGAAAUCAAAUCCUGUGAUGUCCAGAUAGUCAAAACUGCAAACUCUCCUUUAUCUGUCGACUAUGGUGCCAAUGAAAGAUCAGAAAAUACUCCAGGAGAUAAUAGUGCAUCUCUUCAAUCUUCAACAAUUCAAAGGCUUGAAGAACUGAUCGAGCAAUCAGAUGACUGUUGUGAACUAGUGCAAGAAGAUAUUCCAACACUUGACAAGAAUUUGCCCCAGCACUGGGAGGAAAAUGUGAAUAGAGGAUCUGUUUCUUCAGUAGACCAAGAAGUAAUUUUAUCUCCACCAGAUAAAAGUAAAUUCAAAAGUUCAGAAGAAGAAGAAGAAAAAAGCAGAGGAGAAGAAGAACAGGCAUGUGAAGAUCAGAGACAAAGAGAUAAGGAGGAACAGUGUCUGGAAAGGCAGGAAGCCUGCGAUAGAGAACAGAGUGAACUGGAAUGCCUAGAACAGGAAAAGGAAGGAAAUGGACAAAGACCAAAGGAGCAGACAUCAGAACAUGUAGAAUUGCCAGCUUCAAGUACAGAUCCACUAGUGAAAUAUAUGAAAAUAAUUCAACAGCAAAAAGAUGAACAGCAGGAACAGAACACUGAAAAGGAAUUAGCAGAAGAGAGUUCCUUACUCCAAACACUGUCUGAUGGCAAAACUGGCAGUCCUGCAGAUUCUAAUGAAGAGGCUGAUGACAAUUUCUGGUGAAACAACCACCAGGAGCAAUAUUUUGACACGGACCAAUCACAGGAUGUAUUCCAUUGUACACUUUACAAUUCCAAUAAAACAAUUUCAUUUUUAAAAAA